UUGACAAGUGUUUUUUAAAAUAAUGUUUUUACUUAAUCCCCUUCCUUAAAGUAUGAGAUCAUUCGUUUUUAAUUGCAGAUAGGAGACGUGGACAUUUAUUAUGCACGAAAUAGGAGAACCUACCAAAAAGCUAUGUAUUUGCCAAUAAUUGUAGGUCUGUAUAGUAUUAUCGAUGGUUAUUUACGAUGAAGACUUCCAAUUUGAAAUUUGAAAAGAUCUGUCCCAACGUGGAGGAACUGUCAGCAGCUCCAAAGACGAAUGUUUCGUGUCCGCUGUCUGGCUGCAACAAGUUGUUCUACUCGACAGCAACUCUUCGUCUUCACAAGGCCAAGGUGCAUGGCAUUGACAAGCUUUAUUUGGAAGCCAAAUCGAAGGACAUCACUUACCAAUAUCACUGUCCAGCGAAAGGCUGUAUGUACAACCCAGAUUCUGACAGACACUUCUCUACCCUCAAACUUCUCAAGCAGCACUAUCGCAAAUUACACCUGGAGAAAAAAUUCUUCUGUACAAAGUGUCAGAAAGGCUUUGGCGUCAACUGUGACAAGGAGAGACACGAAAAGACCUGUGGUACAGUCUACCAUUGCCCAACAUGCGAUUGCGUGUACACAACCAAAGAGGCGCUACUCACACACUGCAGGCGACAGAAACACACAAAACCAACCUGGGAAGAGUCAGAGUCGACUAACAAAACAAGGUCUAAGAAACCUGCACCAUCAGUAGGUGGCGGACCAGUGUUAAUAAUUGUCCAGAACAGCAGUCCUCCAUCCAGUUCCUCCAGCACGAACCCAGCUUUGUUGAACUGCCGACCGGUGCUGCCGAAACCCGUCGUACACACUCUACCACCUCUGAGGAACCUCACCAUUGGACCAGAUAAGAUCUCCUAUGAGACUAUAUCGGACAGGAUGGACACAGUCAGACAGGUGGCAGGGACUCAGACAGACAUCUACGGAGUUGAUCAUCUGUGUGUGAAUGGUGCAGAGACUGAACCAACAUUGUUGACAAACAUUGGCACGCAGGUUGGAGUUUGUUCCCUGCCUCUCGAUCACUUGAGUAUAGCGCGGCCCUCAGCUGAAGUUCAGACGUCGCUUAGUAUCCGACAUGAUCGACAGAAAUUCUGCUCUGUUGCAGAAACUCAGACAUCAGGUGAUAGUAUUUUAAGAUCUGCCAUGGAGAGCGCAGAAAUACCUGUCCACAGUCACAAGCAAAUGGCGACUCAGUACAUGCCAUUGGAUUUCAAACAGUUCAGAUCAAGUGAGGUCCAGAUUAAUUUGGUUUCAAAGAGAAAGCUUAAAAGAAAGCAGCCCGGAAUGUCGCGUGAUGUGUUAGGAAAUGUGUAUUCCCCGUCCACGUCCGAUAACUUGUUUGAGUCGAUGGUCGGUGAUAUGGGCUCCUCCAUUUCAACACAGACUCGCCAGAGUUUCCUGGAAACAUUUGUUGCUUGCAGAAAUGAACAGUUACAGAGUUGCCAGACUCAGACAAACCUAUCGCUGUUUAAGAAUUCAGGACAUGUUGUGUCACAGAGGCAGGGUUCUGCUGCCAAGAGGAAGAGUACGCCUCACAGAUUAACUCAUUCUAAAAGAAGAAAACCAGCUCCAUCCAGUGUUGGAACAUCUGUUUCACCACACGGUAAAAACUAUCCCGCCACACUGUAUCAGAAUGUUACAGAUUGUACAGGAUCUAACCCACUGAAUCAACAGAUGUCUCCAUCUUCUCCACAAACAUUGUUCUCAAGUCCGUCCAAGAAAACUCACGUUGGUAGAUUCGAUGCUAUUGGAAAGAGAAAAAAACAUGAUGCAUUUUGUGAUGAUGACUUCUAUGUGGAUGGUGGGCCUACAACAUCAAGAGAAUCUGGUAGAGAUCUUUGUUCUCUGUCUCCUCCCCAUACUGUCAUCAGGAUAACAAAUGAGACUGAGAACUCCACUAAUUAUGUUAUGAUAAACCUGACUUCAGAAGACCCCACUAAUUAUGCUGUGAUAAAGCAGACUUCUGAGGAUCCCACAAACUAUUCUGUGAUAAACCAGACUUCAGAAGACUGCACUAACUAUGCUGUGACUGGGGCAUUUGAAGAAAUUGAUAAUUUAAGUCGUCCUGAUUUUCUAGAUCUUGCCGAUCAUCUUGCUGUUGGGCCUGGUAGCAGUGUUAGUGCUGCGUGUCAGACUCUUUCUCUUGACAACAGCUUCAGCAAACACACCAUGACACAAGGAACUCCACAGAAACCUUCUGGAACACAAACUACUGCUGACGAAGAUGCUCUUCACAAACAGUGUUCUGUGGGUGUUUCUGCAUUCAUCCCUUCAUCAGAUAUGUGCACACAAACAACAGAGUCUGCUUCUGCCAGAAAAGAUCUCUUCAUCCAGACAGUUGGAUCUGCCAGUAUGUCACAGUCUGUGUCUGUGUGUCUCUCGCUGUCAGAGCCCACCCAUCCAGCUGUUGACACAAUUGAGUCAAGCGUCCAGACUCUGACAUCAUCCACGGAUCUCGACCAGCUGGUGAGGUCAGAGAUUCAGAAGUCCAUGCUGAAGCAGACGUCUGGAACGGAGGACAUUCACACGCAGACUGCGGACGAGCUGCUUGACUUCCUCAUGAUGAACAUGGAGACUCAGACCACCGACGACCUGUUCUGUGGGUUUUCGGAAACCGAAACACAGACAAACUCACUCGACACUCGGACCGUGUCACUCAGCAACACAUGGCUCAGCUCAGAGAAACCAGCAGACGGACAAACCAACUUCUCUUCUGCUGGGAAUCGGAUGACUGUUCAAGAAAUGGUUUCUGCUCGGGAAAUAGCAUCUACACCAGACUUUGCAUCUGGUCAAGACGGUGAGUCUGCUAAAAAUUCUGCUACUCCUGCUGCUGCUGCUUCUACUGAUGAAGCUUGGGCUGGUCCCGAAGGAAAUGGGAAGGCCGAAUGUCGAGACAACCCAUGGCUGUAUUCACCCGUUUCAGCUCAGACUCAAACCUCUUGCAGUGGUCUAUGGCUGAACUGUGUGACGGCAGCCGCUGAGACGCAGACCACCCUGAUACAGCCUCUUCUGGAUCUCAGUGACGACGACAUGACGCUGUGCAUGGACAUGGAGACACAGACUCACUUCAGCAUUGUGGACGAGGGAAUCGGAGACCUCACCGACUCUCACACACAGACCACCUUCCAGGAUCUGACGAGCUUGUUCAGUCCAUGAGUCGAGAACUCUGCAAUUGUACAUUGGCAAUGUCAUGGACUUUUUAAUUCUGCAAGGAACUUUUUUUGUUGUGGACCAUAUUCAGUUGGGGGGGUUUCGCAGCCUAAUUUUUGCAGUAGACAUUUUCUAAAUUACAGGGUUUGAGUGAACCAGUGUGGUUAUGGGCUCAAACUUAACGAAGGCACCAAUUGUAAUUACCAUAGUUGUGAUAUGAAUUGCCAUUGGUCAAAGGGCUUUACUCAUGGCAAUAUAUUUCUGCUGGAUAAAAAUUAAUACCUUUGUUUGCAUAAUUUACUGAUUUAACAUUGUUGUAGGUUGUCUCAAAAUUGCUGUAGGUGAGCAUUUUGACUAUGUCAGAAAACAUUUUGAACUUGCUGAAGGUAACAGAUGUUUAAGUUAGAGCUCUGGAGUUUACUAGCAAUUACAGGAUCGAGUCCACAGCCCUAACAAGUAAAACAGACUAAUGCCAGCUUUUUUGUUUUGCUGUGCAACAUUGAAAAUAUACUAAUAUACUGGCCUCAGUGGCGUCGAGGUUAGGUCAUCAGUCUACAGGCUGGUAGGUACUGGGUUUGGAUCUCGGUCGAG